AUGGCGAGAAUCAUCUUGUCCAAUGCAACCAGUUUGCUGCCUUGUAUGCAAUCAAUUUCUCCUUCACCAUCAUCUUCUUCUUCAAUUCCAUUGAAAUCCCUUCAUGUUCAGAAGCAAAAUGUUAGGACUGAACCCAUUACUUGUAACUCACAGCUGAAUCAAGAUUGUUCUUUUCUCACCAAGAGAGGGCUUUGUCUGAGCCUCGCCACAGGGUUUCUGUUUUCCUUAUCUGGGAAAGGUUCUUUUGAUGCCAAUGCUGCUAUUUUAGAAGCUGAAGAUGACGAGGAACUGUUGGAGAAAGUGAAGCAGGAUAGGAAGAAGAGGCUUGAGAGACAGGGUGUCAUCAAUUCUGCUGUUCAAGAGACAGCGUACUUGCAAGAUCUUGUUUACAAGCUCAGUAUGGUUGGCCAGGCUAUAGAGAAGAAUGAUCUACCCGCAGCUAGUUCAGUUCUUGGUCAAAGCAGUGAUACUGAUUGGGUUCUAAAAGUCAAGUCAGCCUUUAACAAGUUGAGCUCCAGCCCUGAGGAGAAAAGUGAAGUAGAAACGUUCAGUACCUCGCUUGAUUCUCUGAUAUCCUCUGUGACCACAAAUGAUAUUCAAGCAUCCAGAAUAGCUUUUGUGGCUUCAGCAAGCGCAUUCGAGAAGUGGACAACAUUGACAGGGUUAAAUGGAAAGCUUAAAGGGCUUUGA